AUGGUUGAUAAAGGUAUAGAACACAAAGUAGGAGAGGUUUACAAUGACUUUGUCUUGUCUGCUCGGAUGAGCAAUCACAGUAACUUUCUCAAGCUGUUAGGAUGCUGUUUGGAGUCUUGUUAUCCUGUUCUUGUGUUUGAAAACGCAGAACACGGAGUCUUGAAUCAACGAGGAGGUGUUAUGGUUAACUGGGAAGAAUCUUUAUUACCAUGGAAUGUUCGGUUAAAGAUUGGUAAAGAGAUUGCAAAUGCGGUUGCUUAUCUUCACACGGCGUUUCCCGAGAUUACUAUCCAUAGAGAUGUUAAGCCAACGCAUGUUUUCUUGGACAAGAAUUGGACUGCAAAGUUGUCCGGCUUCUCGUUCUCCAUUACAUUACCUGAGGGAAAAUCGAAAAGCGCAACUGUUCCAGUCGUGGGAACAUCGGGGUACAUMGAUCCAUCAUACCGUGUUAYAGGCUCGGUAACAGAAUAUACCGAUGUGUAUAGCUUUGGAGUGUUUUUGAUGGUUCUUCUCAGUGGCAGACCGGUUUUCUUCAAUGGAUCUAAUGGCAAGCGCGAAGGAAUUCGUGGCUAUGUGAGAGACUUGUAUGAGAAUGACAAGCUUGAUGAAGUGAUUGAUCCGUUUUAUCCAACGAUGGCGAAAGAUAUCACAAGUUGUCAAAGAUUGCAGGUAGAAGCAUGUGUUGUACUUGCUCUGAGAUGUUGCCAGAAGAGAGAUGAAGACAGGCCAAAGAUGGUCCAAGUAGCUAAAGAACUCAAGCGGAUUGAGACAUCAUUUUUAACUUUUUAA